GCUGCGCGCCAGUCCUCAGCCCGCGGGGGGACGCGGAGGAAAUGUGGACUGUGUAGAGAUGAGCGACACUUUUCUCCGAUGUUGGAUAUUUGCUUGGAAAAGCGUGUGGGUACGACCUUGGCUGCCCCGAAGUGUAGCUCCAGCACUGUGAGGUUUCAAGGGUUGACGGACGGGACCAUGAAAAUGGACAUGGAGGACGCAGAUAUGACUCUGUGGGCAGAGGCUGAGUUCGAAGAGAAGUGUACAUAUAUUGUGAACGACCACCCCUGGGACUGUGGUGCCGAUGGAGGGACUUCAGUUCAGGCAGAGGCAUCCCUACCAAGGAAUCUGCUUUUCAAGUACGCCACCAACAGCAAAGAGGUUAUUGGAGUGGUGAGUAAAGAAUACAUACCAAAGGGAACACGAUUUGGACCUCUAGUAGGUGAAAUCUACACCAAUGAUACUGUUCCCAAGAACGCCAACAGGAAAUAUUUCUGGCGGAUCUACUCCAGAGGGGAGCUUCUCCACUUCAUUGAUGGCUUUAAUGAGGAAAAAAGCAACUGGAUGCGCUAUGUGAAUCCAGCGCACUCUGCCCGGGAGCAGAACCUGGCUGCAUGUCAGAACGGGAUGAACAUCUACUUCUACACCAUUAAGCCCAUCCCUGCCAACCAGGAGCUUCUUGUGUGGUAUUGUCGGGACUUUGCAGAGAGACUUCACUACCCUUAUCCUGGAGAGCUAACAAUGAUGAAUCUCACACAAACCCAGAGCCAUCCAAAGCAGCCCAGCACUGAGAAAAAUGAACUGUGCCCCAAGAGCGUUCCAAAGAGAGAGUACAGCGUGAAAGAAAUCCUGAAAUUGGACUCCAACCCCUCCAAGGGAAAGGACUGCUACCGUUCCAACAUUUCACCCUUCGCUUCAGAAAAGGAGGCGGAUGACUUCCGAAAAAACGGGAGCCCCGAAAUGCCCUUCUACCCUCGGGUUGUCUACCCCAUCCGGGCCCCUCUGCCGGAGGACUUUUUGAAAGCCUAUGGGAUGGAGAGGCCGACCUACAUCACUCACUCUCCCAUCCCGUCCUCCGCGACCCCGAGCCCCUCGGCCAGAAGCAGCCCCGACCAAAGCCUCAAAAGCUGCAGCCCGCACAGCAGCCCGGGGAACACGGUGUCGCCCCUGGCGCCCUGCCCUCCAGACCACCGAGACUCGUACGCCUACUUGAACGCCCCUUACGGCCCCGAAGGCUUGGGCUCCUACCCGGGGUACGCACCGGCCCCGCACCUGCCCCCGGCCUUCAUCCCCUCCUACAACGCCCACUACCCCAAGUUCCUUCUGCCCCCCUACGGCGUGAAUUGCAACGGCCUGGGCACCGUGGGCAACAUGGGCGGCGUGGGCAACCUGAGCCUCUUCCCCAGGCUGUACCCCGUCUACGGCAGCCUCCUGGGCGGUGGCGGCCUGCCGCACCCCCUGCUCAGCCCGGCCUCCCUGCCCAGCUCGCUGCCCUCGGACGGGGCCCGCAGGCCGCUGCAGCCCGACCACGCGCGCGAGGUGCUCGUCCCGGCGCCGCACAGUGCCUUCUCCCUCCCCGGGGCGGCCGCCAGCAUGAAGGACAGGGCGAGCAGCCCCACCAGCGGGUCACCCACAGCCGGCACGGCCGCCUCGGCGGAGCACGUGGUGCAGCCCAAAGCUACCUCAGCGGCGCUGGCGGCCCCCGGCAGUGACGAAGCCAUGAAUCUCAUUAAAAACAAAAGAAACAUGACAGGCUACAAGACCCUGCCCUACCCCCUAAAGAAGCAGAACGGCAAGAUAAAGUAUGAGUGCAACGUUUGCGCCAAGACCUUUGGCCAACUCUCAAACCUGAAGGUUCACCUCAGAGUGCACAGCGGAGAACGGCCUUUCAAAUGCCAGACUUGCAACAAGGGCUUUACGCAGCUUGCCCACCUGCAGAAACACUACCUGGUACACACGGGAGAGAAGCCACAUGAAUGCCAGGUUUGCCACAAGCGAUUUAGCAGCACCAGCAAUCUCAAGACCCACCUGCGACUCCACUCUGGAGAGAAACCUUACCAGUGCAAGGUGUGCCCUGCCAAGUUCACCCAGUUUGUGCACCUGAAACUCCACAAGCGCCUACACACCCGGGAGCGGCCCCACAAGUGUGCCCAUUGCCACAAGAGCUACAUCCAUCUCUGCAGCCUCAAGGUCCACCUGAAGGGGAACUGUCCUGUGGCCCCAGCCACGGGGAUACCUUUGGAGGAUCUGACCCGGAUCAACGAAGAAAUCGAGAAGUUUGACAUCAGCGACAACGCCGACCGGCUCGAGGACAUGGAAGACAACAUCGAUGUGACCUCUGUGGUGGAGAAAGAAAUUCUGGCUGUGGUCAGAAAAGAGAAAGAAGAAACUGGCCUGAAAGUGUCUUUGCAAAGAAACAUGGGGAAUGGACUCCUCUCAGGGUGUAGCCUUUAUGAGUCAUCAGACCCAUCCCUCAUGAAGUUGGCUCACAGCAACCCACUACCUCUGGGGCCUGUAAAGGUCAAACAGGAAACAGUUGAACCAAUGGAUCCUUAAGAUUUUCAGAAAACAAAAAGUGUUUUGUUUUGUUUCUUAACUUAUGACUUGGCAAGUCAGGGUGCCUGUAACAAAUGCUUGUACAUAAUUCCAGUUCUGCGAAGCUCUCCUGACGGCAGAUGGUUUCCCCUCACCUGUCUGGAAUUAAAGAAGGAACUCCAAAGUUACUGAAAUCUCAGGGCAUAAAUGAGACAAAGACAAUAUAUAUAUACAUAUUAUAUAUACUUAUUUACACCCCCAUCUAUAUAUUUGAACCUGUGUAUUUUGAAUAUUUGUGUGGAUAUGUUUGCAUAGCCUUCCCAUUGCUAAGACUAUUGCCUAGCCAUAAUUAUUUUUUCAAUGAUAAUCCUUCAUAAUUUAUUAUACAAUUUAUCAUUCAAAAAGCAAUAAUUAAAAAAGUUUACAAUGACUGGAAAAAUUCCUUGUAAUUUGAGUUAUAAAUGUUAUAUUUUUGUCUUGUGGCUAUUCUUUGUAGAUAGUUUCUGCACAUCUGUCUAAGUACCUACGAUUUAGUAAACAAAUACAUUACUUCAGUUGACCUCCCUCUAUAAUAAUGGUUUGAAAAUGAGGUUUGGUUUUGCCAAAGUUAGACAGUUGAUGUGUUAACUCAUAAGAUCUCACUUGAACAGCAUUGUAUACCUUGGGGGGAAUGUGUGCAGAAUUACCCAAUAAUAACUUCAGUAGAAGAAACAAGAAAGGGAAUCUUGUAUGUUUGUGUAGAUAGUUCAAAUUCUUUUCCCCCUAGCCACAGAUUUACCAGAAAGGAGAUAAGAAGGCUUUGUUAACCUGUCUUCCUCUCCAAAAAGCAGGGUCACCUCACCCCCAAAGUCACAUGGCCAUUCAGAGUGGUCAUGUGACCUUUGCAUCCCAGUGUAUUAUCUGAAAAUGUGAAUGAGACAAACUGCCAUGUUUAAAACCGCCGCAAAAUGUUCCCAAAGCACAGGUGGUUUUGUAUGUGUGAGGUUUGGGGGCUUGAGUCUGGGUGUUGUUUUUGUUAUUGGGGUUUUUUGUUGUUGUUGUUAUGUCAAAAUUGCACAAACAUGGUGCUCUACCAGGAAGGAUUUGAGGUAGAUAGGCUCAGGCCACACCUUA